GAGAUGCACUCACACCCACGGGACAGAGUGCAAGGUGCCCGACUUGUGCCUCUCUGCAACUCAGAGACAUGGAAAUGCCGGCACUAAGUUCUAUCUUCCUCCUCCUCGUCUUCUGUCUCCUGAUUGUCCAGUUUGCGAAGCUGCAAUGGAGAAAACGACAAUUCCCUCCAGGACCAAUGCCUCUCCCCUUUAUCGGAUGCCUAUGGCAGGUGAAGUUUUUCAACGUCACUCGUGAGAGCCUGACCAAGGUGGCAAAAUCCUAUGGGGACAUCUAUACCGUAUGGUUUGGUCCUCACCCUGUGGUAGUUCUGGAUGGGUUCCAAGCUGUGAAAGACGGUCUCACCACCCACCCAGAAGAUGUUGUUGGCCGGCCAGUCGUCCCGUUUUUCAGAGCUCUGGCAAACAAUAAAGGUAUCUUGCUGUCAACGGGCAGUACAUGGAAGCACCAGAGGAAGUUCUCGCUGAUGACUCUGAAGACAUUGGGGCUGGGGAAGAGGACGUUGGAGUACCAGAUCCAAGAUGAAGCUUAUCACCUGGUGGAGAACUUUAAGAGCACUAAAGGGAAACCCAUGAAUCCGUCCUUCGCUCUGACCCUCGCUGUUUCCAACGUGAUUUGCGCCGUGGUGUUUGGGCAUCGCUUCUCUACCGAGGACAAGAAAUUUCACGAGCUCCUGGAAGCAAUGGAGGCCAUUUUCAAAUUUGCUGGCAGUCUCGGUCACAAUAUUUAUAAUGUCAUACCCUGGCUUAUGAAGUGUAUCCCAGGGCCUCACAAGAAGGCCUUGACCGCCCGAGACUUUGUGUGUUCGUUCAUAAGGAAGGAGAUCAACAAGCACCAGAUUGCAGGACUGCCAGAUGACCCUCAAGAUUUCAUUUAUAGUUACCUUGCUCAGAUAGAGAAAACGAAAGACCAGCCCAAACCAGCCUACGAUGAAAGUAACAUGAUCCAGUGUAUAUUUGACCUCUUCUUGGGUGGAACAGAGACAUCCAGCACCACUCUCUACUGGGGAGUUCUGUAUAUGGUGCUUUAUCCAGACAUCCAAGCGAAAAUCCAGAAGGAGAUUGACGCAGUUGUGGCUCCCGGUCAAAUGAUCAGCGGCGAGGAUCGCAAGAAGCUGCCCUACACCAAUGCCGUGAUCCAUGAGGUCCAGCGCUUCAGCAACAUCAUCGCAGUUGGGUUGCCCAGGUUAUGUGUGAAGGACACCAUGAUUCGACAGUUUACCAUUAAGAGGGGCACCAUGAUCUUUCCAAACAUGGCUUCUGCCUUGUACGAUCCCAAAGAAUGGGCGACGCCUGAAAGCUUCAACCCCAACCACUUCCUUGACAAGGACGGAAAUUUCGUUUGUCCAGAAGCCUUCAUUCCAUUUUCGUUAGGGCAGCGAGUGUGCUUGGGAGAUCACCUGGCCAAGACGGAGAUGUUUCUUUUCUUCUCCAACCUCCUGCAGGCGUUCACUUUCCACUUGGCGGAAGGGACGAAAGAUGUCAACACAGAGCCUGUUUUGGGGGGCACUUUGCAGCCUCACUACUUUGAGAUCUGCGCUAUCCCUCGAUAGACCCGGCAUCUCAUGUCUUUGGAAAUCUGUUUAGGAAAAGUUGCAAGGUGGAAACAUGCUGUACUGUUAACCCAAAGCCGCCGUCUUCUGGUGUGGGGUUGCGUAGGUACUUCAGAGUCCUGAGAAUCAAAACUUUUGUCGUGAGAAAAGGAAUAAGUUUCUAGACCUCCUGACUGCAAAGGAAAAGCCUGAAAAUACACAACAAUACCUGUGCAUAAGGUCUGAGUGCAGUGGUUCCCAAAGUGGGCAAUAUCACCCCACAGGGGCAGGGGCAUUACUGGGGGGGGGGCAGCUAAGAGACUUUGAAAAGCUGGGGUCACUGGGCCAAGUUCUUCCGUUUUGUAGAAUUAAUUAGAUGAAACAUUUUAAACUGGAUUUUGAAUACACGUGAAGAUGUUACUAUUUUGAAUUUUAUUGUGUUAUUAUCUUCCUUAGCGGGUUUGUCAAACCGCUAUAAUGAAUAAUCCUUUUUAGAGGGUGGGGCCAGAUAGGGCAUUGGGGAUGAGUUUAUGGAACCAAAAAGGUGGGUGUCACUGUCCAGAAACAUUUGGGGAAUGACUGGUCUAAGGUAUGACUUCAACAUUACGCAGCUCUUUUUAUUCUUGUCUUUCAGCCAUAGGCACCCUAACUGGGCAUUGUCUCUCUCUUCUGACCUUACCUGGCAUCAUGUCCAGCUUCCAUGAACACUGCUCCAGCCUUCUAUUCAAAAAGGUGCAGAAAACACCCAGAAGGAUGGAAGAUCUUAAUCAGUUAAAAAUUUCCUCCUGUGUCGCUUAGUUUUCUGCUUUGCUUUCUUUUUUCCAUAGAGAAUUAUUUUCCUACUCUGUUCUACUGCUGCAUGCUGCAGAGCAGUCGUAUCUGGGACAGACUUGUUUCUGUUCAUGCUCUGCUGAGGUCUCUUGGCAACACCAGUUCAUUAACACCAAGUCAUGGCUCACAACCAUUUUCCUCUUCUUCCCCAUAGUUAGGCCAGCCACAAGAUAAUUUUUGCUGGUGUUAGUGUGGGUGUGUUAAAAGCAUUGCCUCUGAAUACCAGUUGCUAGGAAUCACAAGGGAGAGAACACACCCUUUAAAUUAAUACUAUUUUACUUUCAUUUGAUUGCAACCCCUUGUUUUUCUCUAACCUUCUUCAUCUUGAAACAUGAAGAACUAAGUUCUCCCCGCCAAGGAGAGAAGUGCUUUCAACCACCCCCACCUUUUUUUGAAGAAUAGUCUUGAAUCAGAAUUCCAGAGUUAGAACCUUUAGGCCUAUGUAUGUCAGCACAGGGCGGGGGAACCUGUGGUGCCCCCUGUAGUGAUCAGGUGGGAUUGCUA